ACCUGAAGCGACCCAGCAGCAGCCAUGUUGUAACUUUACUGAAGUCCUUCCAGCUUUCAGAAGCAGCUGUCUGCAAAGUCUGGGAUUCCUCCUCGCGUGUAAAAAGCAGAAGAUUUACGACGUCUUCACUUAAACUUGAAAUGAGCACGAGCAGCUUUCUAGUCACCGGAAUCCGGAAAGGAUGCGCGCGGUCCUUCAGACGACCUUUUCCUUUUUCGAUGGUUCAGAGCUGCCUGCAGUCCACACAGCAGCCCAUCCCUGCAGCCCGGCUGCCCUGCAGAGUCAAGGUGUCUGCUGGGAAACGCUAUGCCUGGUGUGCGUGUGGCCACAGUAAAAAACAGCCUUUCUGCGACGGCGCUCACGUUAAAAAAGCUCCGACCAUCGCUCCCCUGCGCUUCACCCCUGACAAGGACAGCACGGUCAUGCUAUGCGCCUGUAAACAAACCAAAAAUGCUCCGUACUGCGAUGGAUCUCACUUUAGGGUCAUCUUCCAGGAUAUAGUAAAGAAGGUGAAAGGAGUCUUUAAAUGAAUAACUAUACCAGAAACAAACUAGAAAAUAAUCAACAAAAAACGACUCGCAGUAAAAAUGUGACGUCCUACGUCAUUUUGUCCUUUUCAUACCUAUGUUAUUAUGUCUGUAUAAAUAACAGUGUUAUUUAAAUAUAAUAUGUUAAUCCAAUGUUAUAUACAGAUGCAUGACUUAUUGAAAACAUCCUUUGACAAAUCUGUUUCUCUUUUUCUACUUGCACAGUAAUUCCAAUAGUAAGUGACAUGUAUUAAAGUGAUUUCGUGCCAGCUGGAAAUUAUAUAUAUGGUGAUUUUUAUUUGUUGAUGUAAAAAGUCCCAUUGCAUAAUAUUGAGCCGUCUGCAUCGGCUUCUCUACCUCUAUAAUGUUGCUUAUGUACUUACUCAUUUAAACGGCCUUAUCCAAUCAUAUUUCAUGUCCAGAACAUAUGAAGAACGAUGGCAGGACUCAGAUUUUGAUCGUAAAAUAAAUAAAGUCUCUAGUGUUUGGCUAAAUCCAAAUGUAAAUGUUAAUAGACAAUCAUUUUUUUGGAAGGUAUGGGUGGCAAAGUAAUUCUUACAUAUAUAAAUAUUGUUUCCAUGAUGGGUUGUGAUGGGGAGUUUAAGUCAGUUUUAUAUAGAAUGUAUUACACUGUAUGUCAUCUAUGUCAUGAUUGUAAAUGUCAUAAAAUAAAAAUGUGAAAUCGUUAUAAGUCA